AUGACUGAUAAUUGGGAUAAAGAAAAACUUGCUAAAAAAGCAGCAGAAGGUUUAAAGAAUGCCAAGAAUACUGCAUCCUCAUAUGCCUCUGGAAUAAAUGCAUCAAAAGAUCAAUUAAAUUCAAAUUUCAAAAAUAUUAAAGAGAACAUUUCAAGCAAUUUGAAUAAUGCCAAACAUACUAUUGAAGAAAAUGUCCAUAAUGCUCAAAGAACCGGUUAUCCACCAAAGGUACCAGCUCCUGGAUCAAAUAAAUUCAUUGGUUUCCUAGCUUUGGGUGUAUUUGGUUUAUUUGCUUGGAAAUUCUAUGAAGGAAAGAAAUACAAAGAGAAUGAACAAAAAUUAAUUAAACAAAAACAUUAA